AUGGGCGGGCCGUGUGACCAUGGCUCCCCUGUUAAUAUUAACGUCAGAUCGCUCGCCUAUAAAGUCAGAGCACAGCGCCGUCUCCCAGGGCAUCGGAAACUCAAGACAGAGAACGUGGCCAGGCGGGGCAUCGCCAGCCAGUCCACCACCAACUGGGGCGGGAAGGCGGAACGCGCCAUCGAUGGCAACAGAAACGGUUUCUACCACAACAACUCCUGCAGCCACACCAACACCGACCCCAUGCCCUGGUGGCAGGUGGACCUGCUCCACUGCGAGCAGAUCAUCUCCGUCAAACUCUACAACCGCAUCGACUGCUGCUCCAAACGGCUGCUGGGGGCCCAGGUCAGGGUGGGCAUCUCCUCCAGCAACAAUGGCAACAACAACUCCCUGUGUGGGACGGUGGGUGCGGCUGCUGUGGGUGCCACGGAGACCAUCAAUUGCCGAGGGAUGCUCGGCCGCUAUGUGAACAUCCUGCUGCCCAGAAAGGGCAUCCUGACGCUGUGUGAGGUGGAGGUGUACGUCCUUCGUCCGGCAGCCCUCAUUAACCCCACCCAGUGCUGCUCUUAA